UAGUGGUGGUGGUGAUGCUAACACACAGAGAACCGCCUGGCCGUCCAACCUGGGAUGGAUUUAGAAGAAGCUUUUCAAGUUGUCGGCGAAUUUGGACCCUACCAGCAGCGGGCGGUGGCUGUGCUUGUUCUCACACAGGUGUAUAUGGCCUGUCAGUCCAUGCUGAUUGUUCUGGUUGGAUCUACUCCGGAGCACCACCUCGAGCCUCAGGACGGAGAUUCGUCCGGCCUGCAACGCGUCGUCUUCACCGAGGACAUCGACUCCAUAGUGACCGAGUGGUUUCUGGUGAAGCAGCAGGCCUAUAAGGUCAGUCUCGCCGGGUCGCUGUUCUUCGCCGGGCUUUUGUUCGGGAACGUUUUCUUCGGGCCUCUCUCCGAUAAGAUCGGCAGGAGACCUGUUUACCUGACAGUUUUGUUUUUCGAGGUGAUCUUCGGUUAUGUCACGGCCUUCGCUCCGAGCUACGAGGUGUUCGCCGUGUCGCGCCUCCUGGUCGGUUUGAUGAAUGGCGGCAUCGGCCUCGUCUGCUUCGUGCUCACUCAGGAAUACGUGGGGAAAUCCUACUGGGCCAUGACCGGGACGUUGACCAGCAUAAGUUUUGCAGUCGGCAUCGCCCUGUUCGGAGCACUGGGUUACUUCAUCCGGCCGUGGAGGACCCUGGCCAUCGUGGCCAACUCCUCCGGGGUCCUCUUCUUCCUGCUGUCCGUAAACCUCCCAGAGUCUCCUCGCUGGCUCUUCUCUCAGGGUCAGACCGACCGAGCUGAAGAGGUGUUGCGCUACAUAGCUCUGAGGAACGGAAACCCCUCCAAAAACCUGACACUGCGCCGCGCCGCUAAAGACGGUAACCAUGGCAACAGAGGAGCGGGGGUCCUGCAGUUAUGGAUCCAUCCCGUCCUCCGCCUCAGGACCAUGGUGCUCAUGUAUGUCUGGUAUGCGUGCAGUCUGGUUUAUUACGGUCUGACUCUCGGUGCCAGUGAGUCGUCGGGGAAUCGUUACGUUAACGUAGCGAUGUACGGCCUCGUGGAGCUGCCCGCCUACCCACUUUGCAUUUACUUCAUCAACAAACACUGGGCGGGGAGGAGGAAGAGCAUGGCCAGCUUCCUGGGUCUGGCGGGAUGCGCCUGCCUCUGCACGAUGUUCGUCCCUGAAAACACAGGGACUCUGCUGAGCGUGACGUCGCUGGCGCUUCUGGGAAAACUGAUGGUCAGCGCAGCGUUCAACAUCGCCUACGUCUACACCUCUGAACUCUACCCGACAGUCAUCAGGAACGCUGGUUUGGGCGUUUGCUCCAUGUCUUGCAGAGUUGGAGGAAUUAUUGCUCCGUUUGUUCCCUCGAUGCGUGCUCUCCACACCUCCAUGCCCUUCACGGUGUUCUGCCUCAGCGGCUUCUCGGCCGGCUGCCUCGGCCUCCUGCUGCCGGAGACUCUGAACAGACCAGCAGUCGACACUCUGGAGGAGCUGAGCAGCGACGCGCACUGCAGAGUGCUGGAGAGCAAGGCUCUUUUGUACGAAGAUGACAAACUGAAAUCGAACCACAAGUGAGGCCUUCAUCACAUGAUUCCUUAUGAAGCUGCUGCACCAGAGAAACGGUGACCUGUCCCUUUUUUUAAUUACCUCGAAGGACUGAUCACCACGUUAUCGUCUCUGAACACACACCGUUAGGGACGUAGAAGCUGCUCUGCCUCCAGGACGAAGGUGUCAUCAUCUGCUCCUCUUGUGUGUGACUUCACGGAAAAACACAGUAGCAAAACUGCCUUUUUUUAUUCUAUUUCCUGAAAAUGAACAAGGUGUUUGUGCCUUACCUGGAGGUACACAGGGCGACAAAGACACGUAUGUGACUUUAAUUACAUUCCAGAGAUGCCAGAGAAGUGGGAAAUCCAACUUGCUACUCGCAUAUUUUUCUAAAUAAAGUUUACCGACACGAUGCAUCCACAAACGCUAAACAUUCCCGAAAAUACAGUCAGGUUAGAUUUAUAGGGACCACAAUCAUUUUUCAGGGGAACGAUUCCAUCUUUCUCUUGUGUCUCCGUCCUGAACGUCCUAGAGAGUGGAAACACAUGUAAUGAUACACAGACUUUCCAAUAUUUCAUUUUCUUCUGACCUGCUGAUUCCCAUCUACCUUCUUUCUUAGAACUAUGACUGACCAGCAUUUAUUGUAGCGUUCCUUUUAUGGAAGUUUAAAUCGAAUGAAAUUUUAUAUUUUGACUACUAAAUAAUAAUGUGUCAACCUUUUCUCAUUGACUUAAGGAGUUAAUGAUUUCUGGAAGUCUGAUCAGCCAAUUGCCUUUACAUGCACAAAUAAACACAAAUAUAUGUAUGUACCUUUUCUUUCGUGAAACAUUCAAAUCAAAUAGAAUUUUUUUACGUAAUAAAACAGUGACUAUUCAAUAACAAUUUCUCAAAAUCUGCACAAACGUACAGGAACUGUCCCAUUCAAACUCAUCUCCAAACUAAAAAGUGCUCCAGGUUUUUCUUAAAGAGGUCCUGUUAUGCUUUCUGGGGCUUCCUCUUUGCUCUAGUGUGUUUCAGUGCAUGUAAAUGGUCUGCAAAGCCUAAAAUGCCAACGUUUCUCUUAAAGGUUAAUGCAUGACCAAAAAGCUAAUAAGAGAGUUUCCACUGCACUAAAGUUGACAUAACUCUUCAGUUAGAAAUAAUAAUAACUGCCUAAUUUGGUUUGAUUUCAGGUUUUUCUGUCGCUUAUCGCAUUCUUAGUGCAUAUAUUUGAUGCGAUUGGAUAAAUAAACACACGUUUGCUGCUCAUUUUGAGGUGAUAUUCUGAUGAGCCUUCAAUGAGGUUAAAUAAGAGUAAAAACACUGGAGAGAAAACAUUCACCAGCCUUAAAUUGAAUGCUUGUAACAAGAAAAAUCUUCAUUAAACACGACGAUAAGUGACGAGCAAAGAGAGUCACAUGUAGCGACAGCAAGCAGAUGUUUAAUAUAGUCAAAUUUGCUCAAUUCCUUAUAAGUGUUUGAGCUGUAAUUAUGCAGCACUACAGACUGAGGGUGAAAUGCAUUCUGGGGCAUUGUGGGACAUAUUUUGUAAGUCCGACGGGACCAGUUGAAUUUACGAUGAUUCAUAUUUAUUUAUUUCCUCUUAUGUUUUCUAUGUCCGGAUUUUCAUACCAAGUAUUCUGUAAUCAGUUAAAUUACCCAAACACACAUUUCCCUGUAACAGAGGGAAGAAGUUUGCACACCGUUUUUACCACAAAGCAGGAAAUACUGUAAAGUGAAUGUGGUCAUUUCAAAUUUAAAUCCACUUUUUGUAUGUGUUCCUCAUAACCUCGUGUGCCUUCCUCUCUUAACUCUAAAGUUAAGAUAUCAGAUGUAGUGUUCAAAAUAAAUAUAUGAUAUAAGAUAUUGAGAUGCCAAUUUUGUAUUGUGUAUGCAAUCAUAUUAUUCCGAUGUGUGCUAUGUAUACUGUGUCUCUGGGUACGAUCUAUGGAAACAGUAAACAGUUGAAAACAUCAUUA